AUGCGAUUCACCAGGAAAAUAGUUCAGUUCAAAAAAGAUUUGACAGAGCUGACCUCUUAUGAAUUCAAAUGCUUGCUGGUCACCGACUGUUUGGUUCGAAGAAUCCUGGUUGACCUAGGGAGCAGCACAAACGUUAUGAUAAAGGUGGCUUUUGAACGGCUAGAGAUAGACUCAAAGAAGCUCAGGCCCAUAGGGAAUCCAUUGUUAGGGUUUGAUAGAAAACGAACGGAGCCUAUUGGAGUGGUCGAGUUGCCUGUGUUCGCUGAAAAAAGGGAGUUGAUAAAAAGCUUUGUUGUCGUGGACAUCCACCUAUCUUAUAACCUCUUAAUGGGAAGAGGGUGGAUCCACUGGGUCCAAAGAGUCCCCUUGACCUUGCAUCAAGUAAUAAGGUGCUUGAGUUUGGAUGGGAGUGAACUGAUUAAUAUUCAUGGCGAUCAAGUAGCAGCGAAGGAAUGUUAUUCUGUAACUCUCAAGGCCGACGAGAAGGGUAAGGCGCUCUUCUGA